CCUCGAAAAGUUUGCCCGCGAGAGCGAGCGCUUGUGGCGCCUCCGCGUCGUCUGCUAGCUUGUCGGCCUCGCAAGGCUUGCCGCGCUCGCUCAUCAGACCGGUCGUAGACGGAGGCCGUCAGGUCUGGCGCGCGUGCAUCGUGGAGGCUCACUUCGCGAGUGUCAUUCGUGCGAGCCGCAUCGCCACGAAGGUUUCUCGCCGCGUGUGUGCGUUCAACGACAACGAGUGCUAUGUGCAUAUUGGCGGCGAGCUAGGGUCGACGGUUGAGACCUAGUGGUGCACACCGUGUCGCCGCUCCGGUGUGUAUUGCUUCAGGGACGUGUCGUCUGCUCAGCAGCAGGAAUCCAAGAUGGCAGCGCCCGGCCGUACUGCGAGCGGAGCAGCGAGUUUGUUUGCAAGAACCCUGUGCGGGUUGCUGCUCUGUCUUCUGCUGAAAUGCGUCGUGCUGGCUUAUGGCAAGCAGAUGACGUGCGUCUGCACGACGCAGCACUGCCGCGACCAGCGCGUGAGCCGCUGCAACACGACAUCCAUGUGCUACACGCAGUACCUGCAGAGCCGCGACCCGAACACGGACCCGAUCACGCGCGGCUGCAUCAACAGCCGCACGCCGCUGCUGUGCGAGAACCGGAGGCCCGCGGUGCACUCGGCCGCCCGGUGGCCGCAACUCGUGUGCUGCAGCACCAACCUCUGCAACGAAGGGGUGCUGCCGCCGCCGCUGCUCGCAGAGACUGCAUCCUCGUGGCCAGCGCUUCGGCCCGAGGCGAGCAGCAGCGGCGGGAUCGACGGCGUGCCCGUUUCCACCGAGUUGCCGCAGCAGCCGCCGAACAACGAGGAGGACGUCGGCGACGACCGGCUGCUGAGCCCCGUGCACGUUGCGGUGCUGUCGGUCGGUGCCUGCGCGCUGUUCGCCGUGGCCCUUCUCGUCAUCGUGGCCCUCGUGAGGCGUCACGCGGGACUGCUGGGAGCGCGAUACGUGCGCGGCAACUACAUCAAAGGUCGCCGCCAGAGCGCCUCCGACGACGGCACGCCCAACGGGGGCACCUAUGACAACAAGAUGGCCGUUGUCUCCUGAUCAGGGCCUGUCGAUCGUCUCAGUGUGUUUUGUGUGCCCACCUGGCAACCACAGAGACCCAUUUCAUAAGUGAACUCUAGUUGGGGGUGGACGCUUUCGAACCUGUGUGUGACCUCUUGGUGAUGAGAGUGAGUUGGGUAAUUGUCGAAUGGCUUCGUGUUUGGUGACACACUGCGAGCGAGGUGCCUGGUACAGAGCCCGUCAAGCUGUUCUGGGGACGUCUGGACUGGAAGCGUGGGGGAGUGCACAGGUCCGACCUUUGCCAGAAAACCAUCUUGCGGUUCGCUUGCCAGCUGGGAGGCCCGAACACUCAUUCAUACUUUUUUGUUGUUCAUCGAAGGUUGUCUGUCCUGAAUCACUGCCCUUUGCCUAGCGGCGCUGCAGUGUUGGUAUUUCGCGCCUGAGCGUGCGACUGCGAUCCGUUCUUGAAAUUGUGGAGACCUUGUUUCGCUCGCCGCCGUGACACAUGCGAUCUGUGACCCUCGCGAGCAACGCUUCAUAUGGGUAACCCAACUGCGUACAAGUGGAACGUUUCUGAAAGGCAAAAAGCUUGGGAGUCCGGUUGCGUGUCCGCCUGUCAUGUCGCUAUAAGAAUGCACAGUACACCUCAGGCUCUUUUGCAAGGGCCAUUGAGGUAUUUCGUAGCGGACCUGGUCCUGCAGUCGAUUCCGAGUAAAUCCGGGAACCCUGCAGGGUAGACGUGACAUCCCCGCGGCUCUGUACGCGAAGCCUUGCGGUAUAAGGUAACACUGCAAUUGAGCGCACAGCAGCGAUGACCUUCGGCGCGGGCGUUCCUGAUAGCCGAUCGCAGUCGUGACCGUUUCCUGUUCGCCAUUCGCGGCCAAGAAUUGGUGCUACCUGUUUCGCUAAAUGCCAGCCGUCUAAACCCCCUCGCGGGUCACGAUCCGGAGCAGCACUUCUGUAGACUAGCGCCGGCCUUGGGAGUAAUUGACACCUUAUUUGAUUAGGUACUUCGUUAUAAAGGGUCUCACGGCCAUUAAAAUGUCAGCUUUCCGUCGGGACCAUAACGUAUAUGCGCUGGUCACGGCAAAGUGGCCAAAACGUAAUGGGGCUAAGUGGUCGGCGAAAUGGUAUUGCCGGCCAGCUGUUUAAAACCGGAGCUUCAUAAAUUAUCAAUUUUGCACCGAGACGAAUUGGUCAAUUCGACAAACACAACCGAAUUCGCCUGACUCCGAAGACAAGGGUAUCGCUGUACAGGAGAUGUAGGUGUUGGACUCUGACUGAAUGGAAACGAAGCCCCAACGCACUGGGCGAUAUUCCUGAGCGAACCGAAAGGACCACUGUAUAAAGAACAAACUCAUACUUUAUUUCUUUUUCCUAGACGAACAGUCUACGUUAAACAAAAAAAAAAAUCUUUCAGCACCCAUGCUAAUUACGCACAUGCAGUACUAUAUAUAGACAGCCGCGAUAGAGGCGCCUAUUCAGGGAUCAACUUACGUGGUCGUGUCUCCAUCGUUACUACAGCUUUAUUGAUUUAGGUAUACGAAUACCAAACGCGCGAACAAUCAUGUUGCACUCGUUGUUUUCAUCUCUGCAACUCGGGAAGUAUCCAACAUUCAUUGCAGUCUCUGGAACCACGUGGUCCCUCUCCAUCGAUCGUUGGUUGUGGUGUGCUUCGUGGCCCCUUCCCUCGUUGUUUCUCGUGUGUUGUUUUUUUGAUGUUGUUGAUCGUAUACAGUGUUUGUUGUACGCGUCUUGCAAUGUAUGUACAGCGAAAGUAUUCCUUUUCGGAAUCGGGACUGCCCACACGCACACUUCACACUACUAUACAAAUUUGUGAACUGUAAAUAAGUUCCCUGUAGGAUGUGUGUGCUCCGCCAACUUUUUGUUUCUUACACUACGCUAUAUACCUGACCCACCACACCCCCGCCUUAGUCGCUGUGAUAGGGGUUUAGGUGGUGGGAUCGCUGCCGAAUACUGCCGUCGAGCGCAAAUCUUGCAAGCAUUUCUUCGAGGUUGGUUGUUUCUGGAUCUUCAGUGGAUCGUCCUUCGCUUAACGUUCACGCAUGCGUGACAUACCGAACGUGUGUACAACGCCGAAAUUGGCAAGCUGAGAAACGAAUUGACAGGAUAUCACACGCCGGCAUCCAAUGGGGACUGGGACGUUUCAGCUGUUCCCAGCUACCUGAUCUCCGUACAAAAUACACCAAAAAAGUGCCUCGUUGAAAGUGCCUUUGUAAUUUAAGAGUUUUGUAUGAAUUCGCCGCCGUAUCGUGAACCUGAUCUUCGUUCGCAACUACCGGGCGCCACGUUAGUCUUAGGGAAAAGAACAGAACUGAUCGAAAAGAGCUCUGAUGCCUGCUUAAUUUGCCCCGAAUAACGCCGCACGCUAACUUUAGAGGGUGCGCACUGAGGUCUCUAGCCUCUUCCUAACUUCUUUCUCUCUCUCUCAAGAGAAAUGCGAGAGCAAAGUUUUGCUGCCUUUAGUGGGUUUCGCUCUUGCCACGGCCACAAACGGGGCCGCCUGAAGGUCGCCAUAUUUUGAGCUGCCUUUUUUGUCAGCUGCGCCUUAGCUCGCUGCUGGACGAAAGCCUUGGGCUGUUUGCAACAGCAGUACCAUUUAUGAACGUGACACAGUGCACUUCAUGUGUUCUUUACUCGCUGCCAGUUCCAUUGACCGUAGUUACCUUUUCUGUGAGGCUGAUGCUCGCGACGGAUGACAAUUGCAGACUCCGAGAACGCACGCGUCCGCCAGUGGCUAUGAAACCAUUCCGCGCCGUGGGAAAAAAAAAAAGAAGAACUAAAAUGAAGACGGGUGGAAUCCCGUAACACGUGCGGUCUUUGUUGGGUUCUCGAACAUUCAGCUAAGUCAGCUGUCGUCGAAAAGCUAGCUUUUGACCAAUAGCGUGAGCGGAAACCGAAAGUUCGAAAACCGAACAAAGAUCGAACGCGUUCAAGGUUACGCCCCAGAGCUAGAAAGUUGGGGGGGGGGGGGGACUUUUGCCCUUGAAGCACUGCUGGCCCUUCAAACAAUGCUGCUCUUCAGUAGCGGUUUAGUCGAGAAACGGUUAAUUGACUGAUGCAACACCGACACUAGCCGACAAUACGAUACAAUUAUCUCUUAUAGAGCGGUCGAUAUAUGGCAAAUCAGACUAAGAGAUGUGUUGGCUAGGAAUGCUACUUGUAUUGGCUAAUAUAUUCCUUUGUAGAUACGUUUUUUUAUGUUAGCGCGAUGCACAGCAAAAUUGGCGCUUUGUAGCUGUUUUUGUUGCCCGUGGAGUAAAGCGACCAUCAGCAUAUACCUAUACCUCCGCUCUUUUCGCCACUCGGUGUAGCCGUUUUCCACAUAUGAAGAAUUCCGCAACUGUUGCAGAACUGAAAAGCUCGACUUUUUUAUGCUUUUUCGAGACACUGCGAGCGGACCAGAGACCGCACUCUACCGCGACCCGUUGGAGAACGUUGAGGUGCCCGAAGGACUUAAAAACAGUGCUGUACGGUGGGGGUGUGUGUACAGAAACUUAGAAACAAUUUCAACGUGUUAGGCUUAAAACCGUCACGUUUCCUCUGUAUAGUCUGCCAUUCCGCGCACUGCCACUAAGCCGUCGUUUGCAUCAGCCUUUAUCGAAAGAAAAGGGUCUUGGUCGUGCAGAAUGCAAAGUCGAGCGUUUGUCCCCUUCGUCUGCUGGCACACGCUCGUGUUCUGCUGCGGCGCGGACAGUUGGAACGCGACCGCCGCCAACGCAGUACGCCGCCUCGCCCCGUUCCAACUGUGCCCCGCUUCCCGUCUGCGCAGCCAAGGCCGCAGCCAGACGUUUAUACAUUCCCAGAUAUCUCCUCGCACACGUCCGCUUCUGCCAGCGGACUUCUUUUACUUUUCCGGGCGCGCGCGAAGACGUGUUCAAAGUGCCCGCGCAGCUCGCGCUGUUUCUCGUUUGCAAAGCGAUGCGUGAGAGAUUAAAUAGAGAGGCUUUUAGGUGAAGGUGCCCUAGUGACGCAAGCUGCAACGUAGAGACCAUUUGCGUUCUUCACGCCUGAGGCACCUCGUGAGUUUAGGUUAGGGUGCCCCAACGAUUGGGUACUCUUAAUCUGAAACGCCGUACUAACCAUGCACCUCUGAUGCCGCUGCGUCCGUCCUUAAUCCUAAGUAUUGCAGUGCAGUUGCCAGGAAGCCUGCAUGGGUCUCUCCGCAGCUUGUACUUUUCAUUUUAGUUCAGUUCUCCCUCUAAUUUUCCUCCCUUUCAUCUUUAUUUCCUUUUUUUUAUUUUUUUUUUGCGGCCUGUACUUGAAGACUUAAGUUUCUCGUUUCUGUCAUCGUGACGUUUUUGAGAUUCACGUCGUUCCAUCAUUCAUUCCUGUACUCUCUUAACAUGUUUUUUUUUCCCUCACGUUCUCUGUAAAAAAAAAAAAAAAAAAUCUCAUGUCUUCAAACCUGCGUGACGUUCGACUAUCUUGUAUGAAUCUCGCCGUUUUGUUGCGUUGCAUGCAUGACGGAGGGGGGGUGCCUCGCUUCCUGCUCCGUCAAACGUGUUUUUUGUCACCGCGAACCCACAAGCAGAGCGCGUGCCGUGCCAAACUUUUUUUUUUGAAUUGCUAUAGUGCCUUGAAUGAUUGCAUGCAUCCUGUGUGUAAAAGGUUGUCGAAACGUCAGUAUUUUUCUCGAUUGUGUAGACAACGGCUCUCAUCGCCCGCUCUUCCAAGCGCUCAUUGUGCACAUCGUAAAAGUUGUUUGUAACUGAGAGUUCCUUCGGUCGUUAUUUGUGCUUCAGUUUGCUUAGUUACCGAGAAAAAAAAAAAGCCUUCGCGUAAGGGACAAGAAAUGCACGCACCAGUACCCCAGUUAGGUCGCCAAGGCAUGUACAUAUUGAUACGAACGUUUGUCGAAACAUUCCUUAACCCGAAUGCGGCCAUUCUAAGCUGUCCGGAGAUCCUAACAAUGUAGAAUAUACGUGAGAACUGCAACUCCGCUACGUUGCUGCUCCUUUAGGGGACACUGCCCAUGCUCAGAGCUUCCUCUACUAGUGUUCCGAAGACGCACAAAUCGCUGACUGUAAUGUACGGGUCCAGUAGCCAAUUAUUUAGAGGAACACGCAUGCUAAUCACCCACUCAUAACAACUUGCCCCCUAAAAGGCGAAUGUCUACGGAUUAUUUGGCCAUCUAGGAUCACCAUCGUUCGUUGUGGUGCGCAAACACUCUCCUCCUCGUAAAGCAGCAAAAAAAAAAAAAAAAAAAACGUUAAACGUCUAAAACUGUUUAGCAUAAGAGUUACGUGUAUGGUAUGUUCUAACAGGUGACUGUCGCAUAUGUUUUCCUACGUGUUUUCUUUUUUUUUAAUUGUCAAUGCCGUUUGAUGUAAAUGAGCGUUGUCGCGUAUCAAAACUCUUCGAAGCAUCGUCAGAAAAGCACGGCGCACUUUGCAUGUGGGUUCGUGGUGUCUGACUUUUAUUAAACAAAAAUCUCUUCAUAUUGCACUCAAAACGAUCAUCUAGUGUACUAUACCGUUACUUCUGUGCGAACGGGUUCCCGCACCUUCACUGUGUUUUUUUUUUCUUUUUCUUAUCUCAAGUCAUGUGUUCUGUUUUUUUUUUCUUGCACGGAAAUGUUGUCCUAACUUAUUUAUUUAUGCUCAUAUUAUUGAGUUGUCAUUAUUUGACCAUAUAUUAUUAUUAUUAUUAUAUACAGAGAGAUGCUAUUCUAUUGAACGACAUGUCUCAGUGAAUUCAAUUGUGUCCUCUCUGUGUUGUUGAUGGUGGAGUGGUUGUACAUAAGAGUGAUAUAUACAAAUGUGCGUUUGCGAGGUUUUCUUUUUUUGUACAGAUGUCUAUAUGCACAGUUGCCAAGUUGAAUGAACACCAAUGUAAAGAAAAA